UCUGCAGGCUUCCUUCAUAACACAACUGGAUCAUAACAGCAUAGAAUACUGAGUUUCUGCCCUCAUGUUUAGUUCAGUAUCUCUGCUCUGCCUCGUUUAUCGGCACAUGGGGAGGAAUGGUGGGAUAGAAGAGGAAUAAUUAGACGUUUCGUCGGUGUUCUCUGCAGCAACAUCCUCCAGACCCCAGCUGUCAUCAUGUAUCUUCUCUACACGAUUUUCACGUCUUUAGCCUUCUUUUUUGUUUUCAAGCGGAUGAAAAGGAGGAGAUACUGCACCGACCUGACAAGGCUCGAUGGCAAAACAGUUCUCAUUACAGGUGGAAAUUCUGGCAUCGGCAAGGAGACGGCCAUUGCCCUGGCAAUGAGAGGGGCCCGCGUCGUCAUCGCCUGCAGGGACCCUGACAAGGCAGCCAAGGCUGUCAGGGACAUCAAGUUCAAGAGUCACAGCCUCAAUGUGUCUCACAUGGAGCUGGAUCUGGCAAACCUGCGCUCUGUCAGGGAAUUCUGCAAGAACUUUCUUCAGACUGAAAAGAGGCUUGACAUCCUGAUCAAUAACGCAGGCAUGCCCAGCGUCCUCGACUGGACGGAUGACGGCUUCAGCAUGUGCUUCGGCGUCAACCACCUGGGCCACUUCCUCCUCACCAAUCUGCUGCUGCCUCGCCUACGGGAGUGCGCCCCCAGCCGGGUGCUCACGCUGACCUGCUCCAGCUACAAGUACCAGAAACUGGACUUCCAGGACCUCAACUACAACCUGCUACCCUUCUUCACCUACUGCCGCAGCAAGCUGGCCAACGUGUACUUCAGCCAGGAGCUGGCGCGCGUCACAGAGGGGAAAGGAGUGACCACUUACGCUGUGCACCCUGGUUUUGUCCAGAGCGGCUGGACGUGUCACUUCUCCUUCCUGUUCCGGAUCCUGAUGCAGGUCGUCAUGUGGAUGUUUUUUGUGCCGUGUGAGAUGGGAGCGCAGACCGUGGUCUACUGCGCCGUGUCAGACGAGGCGGCCAAACACAGCGGGGGCUACUUCGUGGACUGCCGGCCGGCCACUCUGCGGCCUUUUGCGAGAGACUCUGGUGUUGCGAAGAAACUGUGGGAAGCCAGCGAGAGGCUGGUGAAGUUGGCUUAAAGGAAACCGCAUCUUUGAGUUUUAAGAACUUAUUUCAGCUGUUGAUUGGCCACAGUGGCCCAAGUGUCCCUGUGUUUAAGCUUUUUUAAUUGUUUUUUAUUUAUUGGUUUACAGCAGAGCUGGUCAUUUUGACAAAAUAUGCAGAUCCUAAGGGCACUGUGGCCUCCAGGCAGCGCCAGAAAUACUCUAUUAAAGCGAAUGAUCACUGUGAACUCUGAAUGGAAACGUUCAUUGUUUCAAAUGUAAAGCAAUGCCCGAUUUAAUAUUACCUCAAAUGAUAAUGCCAGAGAAAUCUGAAUGAAGGACAAAAAAAAUUUCAGUGUGAUUAUUUUACCAUUUUACCAGCGUCUUAGUGGAGAAAAAUCAGAAGUUGACCCAUGUGCUUAAAAAAGAAUGAUAACUUGCAAUGUUUCUGCUGCAAAAUGUUUUUGAAAUGACAUUACAAACCGUACAGGUACUGUCAUUAACUCAUGUUCUCAGUUAUUCUUUUGUAAAUGUGUGCAAAUGGAGGUGGGCACCAUAUAAAGUCUCACCUAGGGGAGGGCUGGUUUUGGUGUAUACUGUGGGGUUU